AUGGACCUGCUGCAUCUGUGUGCUGCAUUUGUGCUUUAUCUUAGGACCUGGGUAUCUGGUAUCAUCAUUACUAAAGAUUUUACAUGUGCUGGUCUCACUCUAGAUGCACACGUGACGUGUCUGUUCUAUGAAGACUGCGUGCUGCCCUGCAGUUUCAAGCCUACAGGGGCCGUGGUCAUCCACUGGUACAAGCAGCAGAUCCCCGUUCACAGCUACUACUACAAUAAAGACCAGUACGGCCUCCAGAACAAGCAUUUCAGCAGCCGGACCAACCUGUUUAAUUCCCAGAUCGCACAGGGAAAUGCCUCUCUGGUGCUGAGGAAAGUUAAAGUCCAGGAUCAAGGGAGGUACAAGUGCUACACCAGCACCAAGAAGGGAAACCAGGAAACCUUUGUUAACCUGGGGGUCAAAGCUCUGAUCCAGUUUGUGAAGCUUGAGAUGGUUGAGGAACGGGUCAUCUGUCUGUCCCAGAACAUCUAUCCAGCUCCCGAUGUCACGUGGGCCACUGAUCCCCCCACGGACACCAGAAGCUUCCAGAACUUCACUCGUAAAACAUCAGACUCAAAAGGCCUGUUCACCAUCGAGAGCGGUAUCAGUGUGAUAGGCAACAUCUCUGAUCAUACUUACUUCUGCUCUGUUGUGUCCGCGGAUGAAGUGCAGGUGUGGACUGCAUCACUGCAUCAACAAGAUAAGUUAUUUGGUGAGGAGGGCUCUGGACUCCUGGUUCCCUGCAAGGUGACACAACCUCGCCACAAUUUUACCCUCACUUGGACCUUCAUCAGAACCACAGAAACCAUCGUUAUCUUCAGUUACGACAGCCGGACCCGUCGGAUCGCGAACCUGUGGGAGAAUAAAGCUGAACUCGACAUAGAUCAGGCUCACUCAGGCAACGGUUCCCUUCAUCUAUUAAACCCAGACAGAUUAGGACACAGCGGGGCCUAUAUUUGCACAUUCUAUGGCUUCCAGAUGAGACAUCAAGUCCAAACUCACGUUAAUAUUACAGUUCGUGUGACUGAUGAUGAUGAGCAUGACUGCAGGAGGUCGUGGUGGGGAACUGCUGCGUCUGUCUUCAUAUUUCUGAUCACUGUGUCUGUAGCCAUGUCGCGAUGUUUUAGAUUGAGAGGUGAACAUCCAGUAAACAGCCAUUCAGACAUCAAUAAACGAAUCCAAUGUAGCAACAAAACCGAAAUCCCGCUAUUUGAGAGACUAGGACAAGAUGAGCCCAGGCGCAACAGUUUGGAAUCAGUCCAGACAGACAUUCACAGAGUGCUGUCCAACACAGCAUCUUUUGAAACAUCCAAACUGCUCAAAGAACAUCCGGACGGCUUUAAGAAUGAUGUCCUACCACAUACACCAAAAGAGAACAGUAUGAUAUAUACAUGCAUGAUUAUUAGUGAUUCCUCUACACCUGAUACACCAGUGGAAAGACAUGAUUCCAGGCCACAAACACCAACCGGCGCUAUCAUAACUCUGUUCACCUCUGAGAUGAAUACACAGGUGUCUGAUGACAAAGAAAAUGAGAGAAAUGAACUUGAAUCUGAAUCACACACAGCAGAUGGAGUAGAGAUGGAGUGUACAGUGAUUCAGAGAUUUUACAACAUAUGUGAACCUGCCACACCUGAGCUCUCACAGAUCAAUGGCUUCAGGUGAUUGAUAUUAAUUCCAUAAAUUGAAAUGGUGCCGACUUGUUAUAAUAACUGGAUUUUAAAGCUCACUCUUGAAAUACAUGACAUAUGGUAGAUUAAAAAAUUGUUAAACUCAUUAAAGGGAUAUGCAACUAUACACCUUAACCCUCAAGAUCCCUCAAAAACUCAGUAAAUAAAACAAUUUUAAUACGAAAAAACGUAUAUUAUUAUAUGUCUUGUGCAUUACAUAGUUAUAUAGUGCAUUAUAUAGUAUAUAGUCAUAUGUCUUGAAUUUACACAAUCCUCACAGACCUCGGUUAUUAAGUUAGAUUAAGCCUAUACAAUUAACCAUUUAUUUUAUUUUAUAUUAUUUGUGGUUUAUUUAUCUCAAUUUAGAAAGUGGCAGUGUGAACAGAUUAUAUGAUUUACGUGAACUAUAUAAAUAAACGUUUGAAUGUGAAAUGUACCGCUCCAUAACCAGCAGGUGGCGAUAUUUCUGUUUAUGUAAAUAUUUGAAUAUGUUUUAAAUCUGCUUAGUUUAUCUUUGCAUAUCUCUCUGUUAAAAGCGUGAUUCUUGUCUGUCAGUAAAUUAUAGGUCAAGUGUUUGCAUAAUAUUUAAAAAAAGAAGACUAAACUU